AUGUCAAACCAAUGGAUUUCUUCACUAAGAAUGGAAUGGAUGCUAGACGAGGAAGAGAUUAUUAACCUUGUAUUUGGUACAUCAAUUACAUCUCUCAACUGGAAAGACGGGCAAAAAUUAUGUGCAAUUCGACAAGUGAAUGAUAAUUACCUUCUUUCUCAAAAUCAAUUUGAAAAUGUGAUUCCAAAACUGGAACCUUGGAAGUUUAGGAAUUGCUCAGAAAUGAAUGCUUAA